AUGUCGAACUUCGUUAAAACGCGCGAUUCUGCGCUCAAUGCCAUCAAGCGAUAUAUGGCUAAGAGCACUGACGAAGCAUUUUUAAUGGACGCAGAAAGUGUUAAAAGUUAUCUGCAACUCCUUAACGAACAGUGGGCUCGUUUCAAUACCGCUCAUGACGCGGUAGAACUCUCGUGCGGAAGUGAUAAUACAGAGGUCGAAGAAAAUGUGCGAAUUCAAGCCGAGACUUGGUAUUCUACGGCUUUAGCCAAUUUUAAUCGCGUACAGAAGUGUCGUACCGAAUCACACCCCUCGCCCGCUCAAAUGCCAGUGUCUGCAUCGAUACGUCUGCCCAAAAUGGAGCUGCCUACAUUCUCGGGUGACUCCACAGAAUGGAUUGGUUUUUUUGAUGCAUUUUCUUCGCUGGUGGAUAGUAAUGCCGCAUUGUCGCACGGACAAAAGCUGCACUAUCUCCGUAGUUGUUUGAAAGGUGACGCGUUAAAAAUUAUAAGUGGCUUCAAAAUAUGUGACGCUAAUUACGAUGAAGCUUGGGACCUUUUGAAAUCGCGCUAUAAGGUCAUGCGGGUAAUAGUGGAAGGGCAUCUCAGAGCUAUAGCCGAUGUUAAAAAGGCUACUAGUGAUACUGCUGACACAAUAAAAAGUGUAAUCGACGCAUUUCAACAACACAUACGCGAACUUAAGGCUUUAGGUCGACCAGUAGAGUUUUGGGACGAUUGGUUGGUACACGAAGUAGUAAACAAAUUAGCAUUCGAGACGCGUAAACAGUGGGAGCUAUCACUCGUCAGUGAUGAGCCUCCGUCGUUCGAGCAGCUGUCCACGUUUUUGGAAGUUAGGUGUCGGUCUCUGGCCAUGCUUUCGUCGUCAACAUCACUACCCACCAAGGGUAAAACCACUUCAGCGAGCAAGUCCACGAAUGUGUUUCACGCAGUGCAGGAACAAAACAGCUCAGGUUGUACCUAUUGUAAAGGUCCUCACAAAAUAUAUAGUUGUGAUAAGUUUCGCAACCUGGACUCAAACGCGAAAUCGAAGUUUGUCAGAGAAGCGCGCGUGUGUACGAACUGCUUAAGCUCCGGUCAUUACAAGGCAAAAUGUAAUAGCUCCUCUGCAUGCAGGAUCUGCCAGCAACGUCAUCACACGCUGCUGCAUAAUGCCUCCUCUACAACUAACGUCACAACCACCGCUCAUUUUGUCUACAAUGCGUCUCCUGUCACGCCAUCCCCUCUCGCACCGAAUGCCGCACUACAAUCAAACGCAAACACUUCAUCCGCUAUCGCCUCGUCCACAGGCUCCGCUGCUGCAUGGACAUCCUCGUAUUUGAAUGCUAGCUCCAACCCGCCGCGUCCAAAAGACAGAACUGUGCUAUUGGCUACCGCCCUAGUCAAAGUCCGCGAUUGUUGUGGUCAUUGGCAAACCGCGCGCUUGCUGUUUGAUUCCGGCUCGCAUGCGUCCUUCGUAACUGAGGCAUGUGUACAACGUCUAGGUCUACCACGAAAAGCGUCCGCAGUAUCCAUUACUGGCAUCGGUUCGUCGCAAGGAGGCCGCUCUAGAGGUGAGGUAUUACUUUCAUUGUCGUCUUAUUGUUUAGAUGAAUGCUUCCCUAUCAACGCGUUAAUCUUACCCAAGAUUACAAGCGACUUGCCCACACAGACUUUGUCAGUUUUAGCGUGGCCGCAUGUGCAAGGCUUAUUCUUAGCCGAUCCGCAGUUCAUGAAACCCGGGCGUAUCGACAUUCUGGUUGGUAUGGACGUCAUGCAACAGCUCCUUUGCUCAGAAGUCCGUAAGGGUCCACCUGGUACGCCGAUGACUCAGCGCACUGUCUUUGGUUGGACGCUAUUUGGAAGCGUCGACGGAAUAGAACCUGCUGCACCUCGCCUACAGUCGCUGCACUGCGAUGUCCAGUUGGAUAGAGCUCUUACUAGACUGUGGGAGUUAGAAGAAGCUCCGCAAAAGACCCACCUCACAUACGAAGAGCGUCACUGCGAAGAACUCUUCGAAACAACGCACCAAAGAGCACCUGACGGUCGCUUUGUAGUUGAACUGCCGCUGAAGACCGACGUACUUCUGGGCGAUUCGCGAAGUUAUGCUGUCCAAAGCCUACUACGCAUCGAGAGGCGCCUUGCUCGGGACGACGACCUGCGGCUACGCUACAAUGAGUUCAUGCAGGAACUUCUCGACAUGAAUCAUAUGGAGCUCGCACCAGAAUCAACGAAUCAAAUGUUUUACAUGCCGCAUCACCCUGUUGUAAAGGAUUCGAGCGUUACCACUAAGCUGAGGGUCGUUUUCAACGCGUCGGCUAAAACUGCCACCGGAAAUUCGCUGAACGACGCAUUAUUUGUCGGUCCUCAACUGCAGCAGGACUUAUUUUCAAUUUUAACGCGUUUUAGAACGCAUCGCUAUGCACUGACCGCGGACAUUGCGAAAAUGUACCGCCAAAUAUGCGUAGCACCGAAGCACAUUGAUCUACAGCGAAUUGUAUGGCGUCGAGAUCCGAGUUUACCCAUACAAGACUAUCGUAUGCUGCGCGUAACUUACGGCGUGGCAGCCGCGUCUCAUCUAGCUGUGAGAUCGCUACAACAAACCGCAAAAUAUUCGCACAUUUGUGAGAAAGCUUCUGCUGUCAUCCACAAAGACUUUUACAUGGACGAUCUCAUCACUGGUACAUCGUCCAAAGAAGAGCUGCUACUUUUACAGCAAAAUGUCUCCGAAAUCCUGAAAGAAGGUGGCUUCGAGCUUCGAAAGUGGGCAUCGAAUUGUGCGGAACUUUGCGAAAAAAUAUCAAAUGCAUCGAAAACAAUAUCUCACUACUUAGUCGACGGUGAGGAUGUCCAUGCUUUGGGUCUAGUGUGGAAUACAGCAGAGGAUUACCUAACGUUCGUGGUUAAUUUGAAGAAGCCACCCGCUAUUUUAACGAAGAGAACCUUUCUAUCUGAUGCUAGCACGCUUUUCGAUCCUCUGGGACUGCUCGCUCCAGCGACGAUAAGAUCGAAAAUGUGGUUCCAGGAGAUUUGGCGUAACAAUGUUGGUUGGGAUGACGUCAUUCCUGACUCUACUGCAAUGAAGUGGUUGGAACAUCGCUCGGAGCUGCAACUUCUUUCGAACUUGAAGGUAACUCGCUGGAUUGGCUCAGGUGCAACUGGAUCAUUCACUGAGCUGCAUAUCUUUGCUGACGCGUCCGAACGAGCUUACGCCGCCGUUAUGUACGCGCGCACCUUGCAACCCGACGGCCGGGUCACUGUUGCGCUGAUCUCGUCGAAGUCCAAAGUAGCGCCGCUUAAAACAACAACGCUGCCCCGUCUAGAACUAUGCGCUGCGCAUCUCGCUGCUAAGUUGGUGCAAAGCGUGUUACACAGUUGGGACGAUCUCCGCUAUCCGCUGUAUGCCUGGACGGACUCCACAAUCACGUUGGCGUGGAUACAAGCGCAUCCUAGCAAAUGGCUGACGUUCAUCGCCAAUCGGGUCGCUGACAUUCAGGAAAUUCUUCCUCCUGAGUGUUGGAACCAUGUCCGCUCGGAACUGAAUCCAGCCGAUUGUGCCUCGAGAGGUAUAACUCCAUCUGAGCUGCAGCAUCAACAACUGUGGUGGACGGGCCCCGAAUUCUUGAAGAGCACUGACCAGUUCUGGAAACAAACCUCGUCUAAACAGCACACAACCGAGAUAGGCGUUCGAAGCAAAGUCGUUGCUCAUGUUACGAGCUCAAACGAGCACUGGCCUAUAAUGCUGAAGUAUUCGUCGUUUUCCAAACUGCGCCGUGUCAUCGCUUACGUGCUAAGGUUCUUUGUCAACGCUCGAGUGAAUACUCGGCUCAAUGCUGCUAGGCGAUUCGGUCCUCCGAGUUGUCAAGAGUUAUCCGAAGCUGAACUGCGCCUGAUCAGCGCAAAAAGGCCAAUCCCGCUUCGCAGCAGUCUUUUGCGCUUGCAGCCAUACCUCGAUGAGAAAAACGUCUUGCGUGUUGGAGGUCGUUUGAAGCAUGCUGCAGUUACGCCUGAUGUAAGGCACCCAGUCAUCCUGCCAAAAAACUCUCCGCUUGCAAAAUUAAUCGUCCACGAUAUUCACGAGUUCACGUUACACUCUGGACCCCGCAUUAUGCAGACCGUCUUGCAACGCCGAUACUGGCUUAUUGGUGCUCGCAGCCUUAUACGUAGCAUAUAUCAUAAAUGCGUGAAAUGCACCCGUUUAAACCGCAAUCUCGCCACACAAUCUAUGGGAGAUUUACCUGCAACUCGUACCACCUACGCUCGUUGCUUUACCCGCACCGCUGUCGACUUCGCUGGACCUUACUUAUAUAAGUUCACCCAUGGUAGAGGAGCGAAGGCGACCAAGGGCUACAUUUGCUCAUUUGUAUGCAUGUGCACUGGUGCCAUGCACUUGGAGUUUGUUGGAGACCUGUCAACACCAGCGUUUCUGAAUGCGCUCAAAAGAUUCAUAAGCCGCCGGGGCUACUGCAGAGUCAUGUCGUCUGACAACGGCACGAAUUUCGUCGGCGCUGAGAAAGAACUUCGAAUUGCAUUCCAGCGGUGCAUGGAAGAUGCUAAACUACGUUCGUUCUUUGCCGACUCAAACAUCGAGUGGCGUUUCAACCCUCCGUCUGCACCUCAUAUGGGUGGAUACUGGGAAACAGGCGUCAAGCGCAUUAAGUAUCACCUGAAACGCGUACUGGGUGCAACUCUACUGUCCUAUGAAGAGUUCAACACGCUGUUGACAGAAGUAGAGGCCUGCGUAAACUCCCGCCCGCUCUGUGACAACUCUGCAGCUGCUGAUGACUUAGAGGACCUAACUCCUGGUCAUUUUGUUAUUGGCGAACCACUGAAGCCAAUCCCAGAACCUGAGGGUCAAGGGUUCUGUGGAAAUCUUCGUCAGCGGUGGCAAACUAUUCCUGCCAUGAGGCGACAUUUCUGGCGACGUUGGAGAGACGAGUAUCUCGUCAGUCUACAGCGUCGCACCAAGUGGUUUCGUUCCUCGCGCAACAUCGAAGAAGGUGAUGUGGUUGCGGUCUGCAACGAGCCUACCCCUCCGACGAAGUGGACGCUGGCAACAGUGAUGGGCGCGUAA